CAGGGGGACACUCUGUUUUUCAGAAUCGAGCGCUCUCGCUUCAUUGGGAUUUGGGAGCACUAGUUGCCAGCCGGCCGCCGCCGCCGCCGCACAUCAUUUCAACGAGCGAGCCCCUGCCUCUCCUUCUCCCUCGUGGCAUGUUCGCGCACAGCUCCCUCUUGAGGUUUAGCCGGCUCGCUCGAAGGCCUCUGUGCGCCGCUGGCUCCCCGCUCCUCCGCUACCUGCAGGGUUCAGUUGGCCAAAAUAAUUUGCACUCGUUUGCGAUGGAACGCGCACAGGGUGUUUCCGGUAAUGCGGCAAAACACAGGAAAACAAAUUCACCUGUGCAGAGAUGGAGGCCAGUCUCAACAGAAGCAUCUCCCCAGAAAGCUGACCUUGAUGAGAUAUCCAGUUCUGGAAUGAAGCAAGUGUUGGAGACUUCCGUCACUGAUAGUGAGAAUUUGGUCUCGGAUGAAACAACUACUAAUGUUGUUAUUGAAGUAACCACCAAUAAUGCUUCAUCAUCAGAAAAUAGUUCAACUUUUGGUUCCAGUGGAACUAAAGUAGUUAUAAAAGACACUGUGGAGGUUGAUGUUCCUCUUAUGCGUUUUCUGAAAGGAAAGGGUGGAUCUAUCCAGAAGCAGAUUGAACAGGAGACUGGAGUUAAAAUUAUCUUUCCAUCUUCUAAGGAGGAAACACUUGUUGUCCUCGAAGGCCAAAAUGCUGAAAGUAUUAGAAAAGCAUCAGAAAGAAUUGCAAAGGUCCUUGAGGAGGCUGUUCAAAGUCCAAUGCUGGAUUACUCCCAUUUUGUUUCUCUUCCGUUAGCAAUCCACCCAGAUCUUGUUGAGAAGCUGAAUAACUUCCAGAGGUCAAUCCUCGGGGCGUCUUCAUUUAAUGUAGAUAGUGAUAAAGAUGAAAGCUUAAGCGAAGGUUCUGUGGAUGAAACUGAUGAAGUAGAGAGCCCUAGUGUUUCGACCAAGCUGCUAGUCCAAGAAGAGAAGUCUAUCAUGGUGAAAAGGGAUAAUAGGGGCUCCCAACCAGAGUUCGGCAUUGACAAGUCAAUAUUCAUUAAGCCGAAAACGUUUCACCUGACGGUUCUUAUGUUGAAGUUGUGGAACAAGGAUCGUUUAGCUCAGGCUUCUGAUGUCCUCCAGUCAAUAUCUUCCCAAGUAAAUGAAGCUUUGGAAAACCGACCUGUAUCCAUACAACUUAGGGGUCUGACAUGCAUGAAAGGCUCACCAGCUAGGGCCCGGGUCGUAUAUGCUCCAGUACUGGAAGUCGGUGGAGAAGGGCGCCUUGUACAUGCUUGCAAGGUAAUAACUGAAGCCUUCGUCAAAUCAGGCCUAGUUCUUGAAAGGGAUGCCAGACAAGAAUUGAGGUUGCACGCAACCAUAAUGAAUGUGCGCCACAGGAAGAGCAAGAAACGGGAUCGAAGAAACGACUCGAUCGAUGCUCGGAAUAUAUUCAGACAAUACGGGGAACAUGAAUGGGGCGAAUAUCCCAUUCCUGCAGUGCACCUUUCACAGAGGUUCAAGUUCGACGAGAGUGGAUACUACCAUUGCUGUUCCUCGAUUCCCUUGCCCGAGGCGACACAAACAAAGUGAGUUCUGUCAUUCCGUGUGUUUCGACACAAUUAAUGCUGUAUGCAAAACUACUAGCACCUAAAGUCUAUCAAUCUCCCUUAGGACUCGUAUGAUGUUAGUGUUCUGUCAUGGAGUCUUUGUUGGUUUUUGCCGUGUGGUCUGCUUCUGUUGUCCUGAACAUCAUGCAUGCUGAGAGCUGGUGGAUGUGCCAUCGCUAGUUCUCUGCACUUUCCAGAUCUUGUAUCAAUCUGUGUCUCGUUUAUUUCUGAA